CGAUCACUUCUGCAAUCAGCCGCAUAAAUAGAUUCCUCGUCCCCAGUAUCUGGGUCCUUGUAUCUUCACAAGAGUUGAAUCUCAUUGUGAAUCUUCUGGACGGACGAGACUAUUGUACAUAUCUCUGCUCUUCGACCGUCAUCGUUUAUUGCACAUACACACAUCUUUCUUCUUUCGUUUUACGGCCUCCCCAAUCGACAACAUGCACUUCACCAGCAUCUUCCUCGGCCUUGCCGGUCUUCUGGCCUCUGCCAGCGCCAAACCCGCCAACACCACCGCAUACAAGCACUUUGAAUGUGGUGUUGACAUCAGCCGCGCCAGUGCGCACUUCAACCAGACCAUCCGCGCCAUGCACCAGGGCGUCUUCAAGGCACACAGUGGAACACAGGUCGCCGGUAUCGUUGCACGCGCUGCUGCAGCUCAACCCAUAGCUGUUGAUGUUGCUUUCCAUGUCAUCACUACUGCCGCAAAGGAGGGUACUAUCUCUCAGAAGAUGGUCGACGACCAAUUUGCUGCCUUGAACACCGCCUACGCUCCCACCAACAUCCAAUUCAAGCGCGUUGCUACCACCUACACCACAAACGAUGCCUGGGCCGUGGGUGCAGGCUCUGAUGCCACUGCCUUGAAGACUGCCCUCCGCAACGGCACCUACGCUACACUCAACGUCUACUUCUUGACCGACCUCGCUGGCAGUAUCCUCGGCACGUGUAGCCUGCCUUCAAACAUCGGUCCCGGCACGCCUGAUCCCAGCACAUACAUCGGUGAUGGUUGCAUGAUCCAGGCCAACACAAUGCCUGGCGGUAACAUCUACGGCUUCAACCAGGGCAAGACCACCGUCCACGAAGUCGGCCACUGGAUGGGUCUUCUGCACACCUUUGAGGGCUACAGUUGCUCAGGCAACGGUGACUUCGUUGCCGACACACCCAUGCAGAGCACCAGUACCGACGGUUGCCCUUCCAAGCCGGCAAAGGACAGCUGCCCUCAGAAUGUUGGCGUCGACCCCAUCCACAACUACAUGGAUUAUUCAGACGAUGCCUGCUACACCAACUUCACUCCCGGCCAAACCAAGAGAAUGGCAGGCAUGUGGGCCGCUUACAGAGCCAAUCGCUAAACCAGUCCGACGGCACGACCAGGGUUCAGUCAGAAGACGGACUCGGUGAUUCGGGGACAUCUGAAAGGCCAACAAUGCAGGCAAAGAGCGCCUUCGUUUCUUUCUUGUAAAUAACUUCUUUCUUUUCUGCUUAUAGCUGCGAAAUGAAUGCAUCACGG